AUGCCAGCGAGCCCGUCACUGCGAAGGGGGCAGCCUACAACUUCAUCCUCUGGCAUCUUCGCCGGCGCCUUCCUCGGCUUCACCCUCGCGCGCUUCAUAUACCUGAACCAGCGCAUCUUCUGCCCGCCCGACGGCCCCUCAAACGGCAACAGCGCAGCGCCUGGAGAAUGCUACUACUACACAACCUUCCUCUGGUACAAAGCCGGCAUCCUGCUCCACCUCGGCGGCUUCCUGCCCGCCUCCCUCCUGGCCGUCCUCCAAUUCACGCCUGCCAUCCGGCACAAAGCGCUCAUCAUCCACCGCGUAUGCGGCUACACGGCGCUGCUCCUGUGGCUUGUCGGCACAGUCGGCGCCUUCAUGAUCGCGCGGCGCGCCUUCGGCGGCGGGCUGGAGACGCACGGCUGGGUGGGCGUCGUGGGUGGCGGGGGCACGAUGUGCUUCGUCCUCGCCUACGUCAACACCAAGCGGCUGCAGAUUGAGCUGCAUAGGGCGUGGAUGCUGAGGGGGUGGUUUUAUGCUGGCUCGAUUAUCACGGCGCGGAUUAUCAUGAUCGUGGCUGCGAAGGUCAUUUCGAGUAGCGGGGAGUAUUACACCGUCUGGUCGUGCGCGAAGAUCGCGUAUACGCUGCGCGACGACGAUACGCUGCUAGGUAUAUAUCCCGUGUGUGCGGCGUACCUGAACGGGACGAAUGCGGGACAAGAAGUGGUCGUGCGUGCGGACUUCGGUGGAGGUAUUCCCACGGAGUUGGGCGCGGCGCUGAACGUGAGCUUUGGUAUGGCGCUGUGGCUUGCGCUCGCUCUGCAUGCUGUGGGUGUUGAGAUCUAUCUGCAUCUCACUCCGAGCGAGGCGGAACGCUUGAGGGAUGUAAGCUACCAGCGGCAACUUGAGGCCGGUAUGAGGAGUCCGGGGUCUGCAGGUCUCACUGCCGAUCGACUGGGUGAUGCGGAGCCCUGGAUUCCUCAAUCAAGGAAAGAUAGUGAGGCUAGUGAUGCGGCGCUGGGAGGAGGCGGUUCCGGGGAUGCAGUACCGAAAGAUGGGCAGCGGAAUGCUUGA